AUGGAUCCUAACGUGGAAAUGGAUCGCUCGGCAUUUGCCGGCGUGCCGAUCGGAUCGGACGACAUCGAUACGCCUUUGGUGGACUUGGUGCAAGUGCCGUCAGGUGUACAAUCGUUCGACGAGCCCGCAUCGCUGUUGCAAGAGCGACCGGCGCCGUCAUCUGUCCCUGUCGCCAGCCAAGCGCCGCCAUCCGCUGCCCCCGGCGAAUCUAGCCUCCAUUCGAAAUUGAACCGAAUCCAGCUCAUUGACGAGACGCAGCACUUUCACGAGUCUGCCUUUGCAAAGCAGCUGAAAGAUUGGGGCCUGGAAGAUGCGGGGUUCGGCUACGAUAUAUGUGCUGUACUUGGCUCGCAAUCGACCGGAAAAUCUACAUUGCUGAACAAGCUUUUCGGCACGUCUUUUGACGUGAUGAAUGAGCGCAAGCGCCAGCAAACCACCAAAGGUAUCUGGCUGAGCCGCGGCAUGGAGCGCAACGUGUUGGUCAUGGAUGUAGAAGGCACCGACGGUCGUGAACGCGGCGAGGACCAAGAUUUUGAGCGCAAAUCGUCCCUCUUUGCACUUACCACAGCCGAGUGUUUGAUUGUGAACAUGUGGGAGAACCAAGUGGGACUGUACCAAGGCGCGAAUAUGGGUUUGCUCAAAACGGUGCUGGACGUGAACCUGAGCCUGUUUCAGUCCGGCCGUGCCAAAAGCGGUGCGCCCAAAGAAAAAACAGUGCUCAUGUUUGUGGUGCGCGACUAUAUCGGCACGACGCCUAUGGCCAACCUGGAAGAAACGAUCCGCGGCGACCUCCAGCGCAUCUGGGCGAGCCUGCGCAAGCCAGAGAAUCUGAUCGACGCGCUGCUCACCGACUUUUUUGACUUCAUGUUCCUUGCGCUGCCCCACAAGAUCUUGAUGCCGCUAGAAUUUGACCAAGCGGUAGAUGCAAUGCGCACCCGCUUCCUUGAACGCGACGAUCCCGACUACGUAUUCCAGACGCAGUACCACAAGCGGAUCCCGAUUGAUGGCCUCCCGCAUUAUUUGCAGGGCGUUUGGGACCAGAUCGUGCAAAACAAGGACCUCGACCUGCCGACCCAGCAGGAGCUCCUCGCUCAGUUCCGGUGUGACGAGAUCGCUGCGCUAGCGUCCGCUGCUUUUGUGGCUGCAGUUGCGUACCUGCGCAACGCCUUGGACGGUGGCAAAGUGCUGCCGAUGCUCGGCGAGCAAAUGAACAAGCAUCGCACGGCAGCGCUCAUGGCGUUCGAUAAAGAUGCCUCGCGCUACCAUGCAAGUGUCUAUGCGAAAAAACGUGCGGAGUUGACCAAAGGACUCAAUGCCACGCUCUUGCCAUACUUUUUGACACAGCUAAAGAACCUGGAUGCGAUGCUCACAAGCUCGUUCCGUGCGCAUAUUUUGGAUCGGAUCAGGACGCAGCCCAGCAGUAUAUUUGGCGAUGUUGUGCGCGAAGAACACGCCUUGGCACUGGCGGCAUUCGACGCGAUGACCGAGCAAAUGAUCCUCUCCGAUACAGACUGGAGUGUCGCCGAGGAGCGCGCCGCGUUGGACGAGUCGAUCUGCAGCAUGGCUGUUACGCUGCGCGCAGAGCAGUCGAAAAAGAUGGCCGUGCAGCUCGAGCGCGAAGUGCGGCGCCGCAUUGCCGAGCCUGUUGCGCUCGCCAUGGCGCAGCCAGGCGCGGCAAUGUGGGACGCGGUGCUGAAUGCGUACAGUCGUAUUAUGGAAGAUGCCACGCUGCAGUACAAGCACCGCGCAGUGAUGCUCAGCUGCACGCCCCAAGAAGAGGCUGUGGGACUGCACGCCUUGUAUCGCACGGGCUGGCGCUCUCUCUUGCAAAAGGUGCACGAGCAGACGGCCGAGCCCGUGCUCAGUGUGCGGCUGCGCAACGCAUUCGAGGAAAAAUUUCGGUACGACGCCGAGGGUGUGCCGCGCGUUUGGAAGCCGAACGACGAUAUGGACACUGCGUUUACACAAGCGCGCGAUGCGACGCUGAAACUGAUUCCUUUGUACGCACGCAUCCGACCGAGCGACGAAGCGAUGCUGCAGGCUGUGCGCGAUAGCGAGCAGGAGCCGUCGUUCCGCGCCGCUGUGGACGCUGGAGAUGAGGAGCCACUUGAUUUGGACGAUGCCUUACAGGUACUGACCGAGCUGCAAAGUGCCGAGAUGGGCGUGCGAUUGCGGAAAGAUGCUGAUGCGUAUUAUGUCGAGGCAAAGCGGAGUACCGUGUCGAGUAUGGCGCAAGUUCCUCUGUGGAUGUACGCCGUGCUGGUCAUGCUUGGCUGGAACGAGGCCAUGGCUGUGCUGCGCAGUCCGGUGUACUUUACCCUGCUGUGCAUGCUCAUUGCGGGUGCGUAUGUUGUCUGGCGCUUGAAUUUGGGCGGGCCGCUGUUUACCGUGACGACAUCUGUUGCGCGCGAAAUGCAAAAGGUGGUCGAGGACAAGCUGCGCGAGUACCUCGUGCCUCCUGCGCCAUUACCGCCGGCGAUGCGGCAGGAGGAGCGUCCUGUAGAAAGUGAGGAUGCUUUGAAGCGGCAAGACAGCGUUGAGUAG